UAUAUUUUUUUCUUUUCACUUUCAUCUUCUUUUGGUCUUCAAAAAUGAUGGAGAUUAAGGACUCUGCCAUUAGAAUUUUCGGCAAGGAGAUUCCGCUUCCGGCCGACUCUGAAGCUCCGUUGAUGGAAAGCGAUGAUUCGGAUUCAAGCUCCGAGAAAGAAAAUCGAGACGGAGCAGUAGAAAAGCAUGCAAUUGUAGGAAAAGCCGCCGAGAGUUCAGCUGCAAAAGAGGAAACUCUUCAUGAUUCAGAGGAUUAUGCAUGUGUAAAAACAGCAAAUGAGGUGCACAUGAAUCCUGAAGUUUUAUCAGCUGAUGAAAAUGAUAAGCUCGCAGCAAGCAAAACUGAGAAAGAGCAGAAUGAUGCCCCCAACUCGAAAGAGAAACUGAAGAAACCAGAUAAGAUACUUCCAUGUCCCCGCUGCAAUAGCAUGGAAACCAAGUUUUGUUAUUAUAAUAAUUAUAAUGUCAAUCAACCACGCCAUUUUUGCAAAGCCUGUCAAAGAUAUUGGACUGAAGGCGGUACCAUCAGGAAUGUCCCUGUUGGAGCUGGCCGCCGAAAGAACAAGAACUCAGCCUCACACUACCAACACAUUACAAUCUCAGAGGCUCUUCGAGCUGCACAAAUUGAUGUUCCCAUUGAGGUCAACCACCUAGCAUCAAAAGGCAAUGGACGAGUCCUCAAUUUCAGUGUAAGCGCACCUGUAUGUGAAUCUAUGGUCAAUGUAUCACAUCCUGCAGAAAGAAAGGUCUUGAAUGGAACAAGGAAUGAAUUUGAGGGAGCCAAAGGACCUUGUGAGGGUGGGGAAACUGGUGAUGAUUGUUCUAGUGCAUCUUCAGUAACAAUGUCAAGCUCAAUGGAGAAUGGAGCCAGGGGGUUCCCUCAAGAACCACAGAUGCAGAACAUCAAUGGUUUUCCUUCUCAAAUCCCAUGUCUUCCUGGUGUUCCUUGGCCUUGUUCAUGGACUGCACCAAUACCUCCACCAGCCUUCUGCCCUCCUGGAGUUCCUUUAUCAUUCUACCCUGCAACAUAUUGGAGUUGCAGUGCUCCAGGUUCUUGGAAUAUUCCUUGGUUCACUCCACAACCCUGUCCUCCAAUCCCUGGUCCAAAUUCUCCGACGCUAGGGAAGCAUUCGAGAGACGGCGACGAACUCCAGGCUGAUAAUUCCGAGAUGGAAAAUCCUCCAAAACAGAAAAAUGGAUCUGUUUUGGUUCCCAAAACUUUAAGGAUUGAUGAUCCAAACGAAGCUGCUAAGAGUUCAAUAUGGGAGACACUUGGUAUUAAGAAUGAUUCAAUCAAAGCUGUUGAUCUGUCUAAUGUUUUCCAAUCAAAGGGCGACCAAAAGAGUAACGUUUCUGAAGUGUUGUCUCCAGUUUUGCAAGCCAACCCUGCAGCCUUGUCAAGAUCUCUUACUUUCCACGAGCGGUCGUGAAUGGUAUUUUUUAUUUUCCAGGUUCACUGUAAAAGAAGUCUUUAAGUUAAGAAGCUUAAGCAUGAAGUGGAUACAAGCAUCAAUCUCAAGCUUCUUCUACCCAAGAAGCAAUCCAGUUUUCCAAGAAUCCCGGAAUUGUUAUCUCUAUAGAAAGAGUAGCUGCCAUUAUCAAGCCAUCCUUUUGUACAUAUCUAUGUGAAUAACCGAUGUAUAGAGUGGCAGCUAAGGAUUCUCAGAUGUAUAAAAAUGCAGCCAAAAGAUUGCUUCAGUUUUGAUACUAUUGGCAGUCCAUUCCAUCCGAACCCAAACUUCAAAUCCUUGUUUUGAUAAUUCACCUGGAAAUAUUUUGAAGAACACAGAAAGGGAAGUGCACAGCCAAAGGGCUGAUAACUGUCAUUGUCAAAAAGGUGAAAAUGCAUUUCAAUAUCUCUAGAAUGAUGCCAACAGCCAGAGCAACAUGUGAUAUUCCAUACAGCUAAGCUUUGAAAAAGUAGAGGGGCAGUUUGGUGAGCACCAAAAAGGCUGAGGAAUACAAGUCACAAAUCCUAGAGGGAUGCCUAGAUCUUUCAACACUCAUUAGUUCACAUCAACUAAAGAUAACAAAGCAAAAGUUAUGUCCCUUUCCUCCUCAAUCCCAACAAAACUCCAAGGCUACUUGCUUUAAAAGACUGUCAUGGAAACACUUUUCUUUUCCACUCUUUUCCCUUUCUUAUGGUAAAAGAAACAAAGUUGGAUGAAAGGUUUCUGCC